AUGCCGCUUCUUUCCAAAGGAAAAAGAAAAGCUAAAAAUCAGGUUAGAAAUGUUGAAGGACAGUAUAGUGCCAAAAAAAUGGGUUUAACUGAUCAAGAAGACAUGGUAAAUGAAUUUAAUAAGCUAUAUAAUAGGGAUACUGAAGGUGAACUGAACGUUAGCAAUGAAAACGGAGGUGAGGAAAACGGUGGCUGGAAUAAAUAUAAUAAUGAGUUAGAUUCAACUUAUUAUGAUAAUUACGGGCCAAAUGGUGUUUUUACUAAAGCAGCAGUUGGAACAAAAAAAAUUACUAGCUUUUUUACAAGUCCACAACCAUCAGACCCAAACGACUUAGAAGAAAUCUCUGAUGACUCAGAUAGUGAACCUGACUCAUAUGCCCUUAUGAUAAAUAAAAAGGUGAAUGAUUUAAAAAAGCAGUUAGAACAAAACCAUAGUAAAUUAACGGUUAAAGAAUACAAUUAUAAAAGGGCUAUUUUUGAAUACCUUAGUUUAUUAAGUAAAAAUAAUAAACACGAAAAAAUCAAAGCUAGCUUGGAUGUUGCUCGUAAGCUCGAAAAAUUCGGUAUCUUACGGAGUAUUGGUUACUUAAUGAUAAGCUCCCACCAUCUAGACAUAGAAAACACCAAAAAACAAUUAGAAUAA